ACCUUGCGCCCGCCAUCAUUCUGACCUUCACCUACGCGUCGUGUACGGACUUGCGCUUUUCAACAUACACCACAAAACUCUGGUGGAACGGCGACCUUUCAAUAUGGCGCCUCAGACCCUGCUGCAAGAACGCGAUAUCUAUCCUGACUCUUCGCCAGAUCCACUGGCAUCUUCGCUUGGUAGACGACCUACACCUCGCAAACCACUGCAGCGCACCUCAUCAAAUCAUGCAAAAGCAAGAUUGAGUAGCCCAGUGAAAACAGUCCACUCUACAGACCACUCAGCGACCUUUGAAGUAUCACCUUCGAAAUCUACAAGCCCGUGGAAGAUCAAGGUCACCGUCGAACAAAAUGGCGACGGCAUUGUCGACCAGGAGAACAUCGAUCUGGAGUCGCCCACGCGCCGGGUCAAGCAACGAACUACAACAAAGACUACCACAGUACCUUUGAAAGGCGCAGACGAGACAUCGCCAGUUAAAAGAAGAGGGCGACCGCGCAAGUCAGACACCGGAGCUGCAUCUAAACCUAGAAGAGAUGUGACACCUGCGGGAAAGAGCUCGAAAGGCAGGAAAUCUGCUGAGACUGCUGAGUCAAGUAUACUGGAUGUGAGCGGCUUGGACAGUGAACCCGCGCCUACAAAACGACCACGAGGACGACCACGAAAGAACAUUGCGACGCCUAAUCAGCCUCAAGGCCGGAACAUGAAGGAAGGACAAUCUUCUCACGAAAACCAGUUGCAAAACCUAGACGGUAACGCUACUAAGAUUGCUCCUGUAGACCCCUCUUCAAGCCCAUCAAGCUUGCCCGGUAGGUGUGACACACCAGCAGAGGAUGUCUCGCCGGUCAAACCCUCCGAACCCAAGGGUGUACCCGGUAAGGGUCGGGAUGGCAAUGAGAGUAGUCGAAAAACUACUCACCAAGUGGAAACAUCCACAUAUACACACUUGCAGCGAGCUUCAUCCACUGGCGUGAAAAAAAUCGAUUUUGCCAAUGUCACCCCUUUACAUCUCAAAUAUAGUCGCCAGAUUGGAGACAACACCACACCCGAAAUCAACCCAAUUCACUUUCGCGUACCUACACCGAGAAAGCCCAUCGGAUAUGAUGAAAGUGCCGAAAGCCCCAUGCCACAGUCAUCACCUAUGCACAGCUUUCCCGUAAAUCCCGACGCGUCCAUAAUUGCACCCAAGAUCACGCGAUUCGACAAGCGAAACUAUCCUGCUUUAAGUACGGCUCCAGAAGUCGUGAGAAGAGACAAUCAGGAGCAUGGAAUUGACGAUGGUAUCGAUAGCACGACCAUCAUGGAGAGCGAAGGUUUCAGUAUGAUAUCUGUUGAUUCGCUUCCUAGUCGGCAAUUGUCAAGUAGCCCAUCAGCAGCAACCUCAAACUUGCCUAGUAUCGCAUCCGUGUCAAGCAACCCCAAAUUGAAGGCUGCUCCAAGUCCUCGGGUAUUAAGCUACUUGAAGGUGAAACACUCGCACAUGCCCUCCUCACCUCCUGGAGCACCUCUGUCAUACCGAACACCGUCGCUUGAAGCCGUAUCACCCUCUGGACCACCUCCGAUUGAACCUGCACUGCUAUUUCCCCGCACAGCGUCAACUCCUAGGCUUUCAGGCGUAGUCAAAACCGCAAUCGCUCUACAAGGCGUCGUCGAUGUCAAUGAAAACAAGGUCACCGGAGAUAAGUCGCCGCUGGCUACCAAGGCGCGACUGGACAGCUUGUUCAGUGGGUUCGGGGAAGGUACUAGGAGAGAACUUCAGGCUGGACUCAGACUUGGGGAAGAACUUGCAAGGCGCUCACAAGAACGAAACAUGAGUCGUAGUGUAUCCCCGGAGAUGGGAGCAUGUGGUAGUGGCGACGACGUGUUUAAGAUACAUCGAAAUGCGGCUGGAGAGCCAAAUUCCCAACGCCUACCGACACCAGAGGAACAGUGCCAGUCGCAUAGUAGAGCAGUAAAACCUCCAUUUUCACUUCCUGUCCCGCGACGACAAGUUCAAGAUGUUACAAUCAGAUAUCCUAGCCUAAAUGGAAACCAGCUGUCUCUCCAGAUUGCUACGCCGGAGAUCGGGAGCGAGAUGGACUGGCAGCCUACCACACCACUUUCUUCUGCAGGAACAGACACUGAGUCUCCGUAUCAAAACAAGGACGACAACCGAGAAGCUAAUGAUACCCAAGUAUCUCAACACGUGGACGACAGGGCACAGGAUAUAAGUGAUAUCUGGGAGGAGGAAGCUAGCCGAUCCUCUGACAUAGAGAUCCUUGACAAAACUCAGCCGUCGCUGGUACCUCAAGUCGCAGAUCUUUUCGUCGAUGAUGAGAGUCUGGCUAAGCCGAAGCGUAGCAAGCUACCAAAGACCUGGAGAAGGAAGAGUAAUAGCGAUUUCAACUAUAGUGAUGAAGCCGAGCCGUCCACGCAAACCAUUCCCACGGAUACCAGACUGCCUGCAGAAGUCAAUGCGGUUUCUGUUACUGUAUCUGAGGAAUCUACAGCAACUUUACCUGAUAGAAUGGAUAAUGUCUCUUAUCCUGACAUCGAAGAUGACGACACGGGCUUGUUCUGGCAACACGACUACACUGUGCACAACAUACCAAGGCGUAACAGAAGAAAAAGAGGAGACUCGGAGAAAUUGGAUCUAACGGAGCUUCUUGGACUCAAUAAGAAUACCUUGAACAGUAGUCCUAUCCGAGAGCCCCAGCGGCUAACACCAUUCAGGAGUCCGGCGCCGAUUUUAAAGAUCACAAGGGACUCUUCACCUGCUCGACCCAGAGAUAGUGCCAGCAGCCCUUCGAAACAUGUCUCGUUUGCCGAUGCCACAUUCGAUGACAGCAUUGACGACUCUGACCCUAUUGUUGACCAGUACGUGUCGGAAGCGUCUGAUGCGCAGCAGUUGCAGGAUGAACUGGAAGCCCGAUCGAACAGUCAGCCCUUUUACCGAGACAUGCAGUCCUCCCAGCCGCUUGAAGAUGCUGUGUCGCAAUGUAGCUCACCGGCCUUCCGAACGAGGAUGAGCUGUUCUGUCUUGACCGUCGAUCCAAAUUGUGUCGUCAAUCCAUUGUUUGAGAAAUCUUCGGUCGCGGCGCCCGUCGUACCAAGUCCAGUCGAACGCCAGUAUACUAGUGCAUCAAGUGAGGUUGUCGCGGAGGAUAUCGAAAUCAAAACCACUGGUCCAGGCCUGUUCUCCCGCUUCACUGGUGGGAUCUGGUCUGCAAUUACAAGAACGCCGCCACCGCCACAGCAUCCUGUUCUUCGCCCAUAUCCACCAAUCCCCUCAGAAUAUCCUUGGACCCGUACCCACUUCAUCAGUCUUGACAAUCUGUAUCAGGCGCAGAAGCGGGACCCUUCGGUGUUCAGCCCAAAAUCACACCCAACGAACGCUGCUCUACUCUCUACGUUCUCGAAUCGUUCAAAGUACGUUGGUGCAAUCAUCAGCAAUUGGGGCUAUAGUCUAGAGUUCACAGAAGACCAUCUGGUUAUGGCCAAGGUGCUAAUGCAAACGAUGACGGUCAAGGAUGUGGCAGAAUAUGAGCAAGUCACCGGCAAGAAGGCUAAGAUCGGCAAUUGUAAUGUUGGCGGUCCUGAGAGUGGCCGCAUUUCGGAAGAAGACGUUAUGAUCAAGAUCUUUGCGAUCAUUGCGGGUGAGAUGAUUCGAGAUGAUGAGGAUCAGGGCAAGAAGAUCGAUCGGACGGGCACACUCACAAUUGAAUGGAAUGUUUAAGCUGCACUGGCUGUAGUUUGGGCCCUAAUCUUGUUGAUACUUGCGUAUUUGUACAUGUCAGCCAUUGGGUUCAUUUCAAGUCUUGGCGUUAGAGACAUGAGGCGGGUACGACGAUAUGACGGGUACAUGAUGCAUGGAGUUGGUGUCCUGUUUAUUCAUUCUGAAACCGACCAUAAGCGAAUGAUCAUAAUAUGCAUGUAGAUCUGUGUGUCUACG